AUGGCAGAAAAAGUAACUGAAGAUUUGAAAAACCUUUCAACUAAGGAGGAACCAGUGGCAGACCAAGUUGUUACUCCUUGGGAUGUCGAAGGUGCUGUUGAUGAAAAUGGUGUUCAGCAAUCUAUUGACUAUGAAAAGUUAAUCAAGCAAUUCGGUACCAAAGCUAUUGGUGAAGAAACAUUGGCCAGGUUUGAAGCUGUAACAGGACGUAAACCUCACCACUUCUUGCGUAAGGGAGUGUUCUUUAGUGAGCGUGACUUCAACAAAAUUUUAGAUCUGUAUGAACAAGGUAAACCAUUUUUCUUGUACACUGGUCGUGGCCCAUCAAGUGACUCUAUGCAUUUAGGUCAUAUGGUUCCUUUCAUUUUCACAAAAUGGUUGCAAGAUGUUUUUGACUGUCCAUUAGUUAUUGAAUUAACUGAUGACGAGAAGUUCUUGUUUAAGCCAAAAUUGACGAUUAAUGAUGUCAAAAAAUUCACAAAGGAUAACGCAAAGGACAUUAUUGCCGUUGGAUUCGAUGCAAAAAAGACCUUUAUCUUCUCUGACUUAGAAUACAUGGGAGGUGGAUUCUAUGAAACUGUUGUGCGUAUCUCUAGACAAAUUACAGGCUCCACUGCGAAGGCCGUUUUUGGUUUUAAUGACUCAGACUGUAUCGGUAAAUUCCAUUUUGCCUCUAUUCAAAUUGCAGCUGCUUUCCCAAGUUCUUUCCCAGAUGUUCUAGGCUUACCAGAUAAAACUCCAUGUUUGAUUCCAUGUGCUAUUGACCAGGAUCCUUACUUUAGAGUUUGUAGAGAUGUUGCUGAUAAGCUAAAAUACAGCAAACCUUCAUUGCUACAUUCUAGAUUCUUCCCAGCUUUACAAGGUUCAACCACCAAGAUGAGUGCUAGUGAUGAUACCAGUGCCAUUUUCAUGACUGACACACCAAAGCAAAUUCAAAAGAAGAUCAACAAGUAUGCAUUCAGUGGUGGUAAAGUUUCUAUUGAAGAGCACAGAAAGUACGGUGGUAAUCCAGACGUUGAUGUUGCAUACCAAUACUUAUCAUUCUUCAAAGAUGAUGAUGAAUUCUUAAAGAAAUGUUAUGACCAGUACAAGAGUGGUGAAAUGCUUUCCGGAGAAAUGAAGAAAUUAUGUAUCGAGACUUUGCAAGUAUUUGUCAAGGAUUUCCAAGAGCGCAGAGCUGCCGUAGAUGACGAAACUUUGGAUAAAUUCAUGAAACCACACAAAUUGGUUUGGGGACAAGAAGAAAGACUAGUCCCAGUCAAACCAAAGGAAGAUAAAAAGAAAGAUUCUAAAGCUUAG